CCGUAACGAACGCCAGUCGCUCCGUGACCAUCGUUUGGGAAGGUUUCUCGUUCUCGAUCGUUUCCAUAACGGAGUACUGCUCCAUUAUGUAUUCACGAAUCUGUAACGCGUUCCCGCACGAUCUACGGCGUACGGAUACCUCGUGAUAUUGUUUCAGUGCCGGGUGAUCGACAUUACCUCAAAGCCGAUUGAUCGGUCUGGUAGAUAUCGCUAAUCGCGGUAUACACGGUUCUGGAUAUACAAAACCAUUCCCGCCCUCCUGGUGUAGUGUUACGACGGCAAACGACCCAAAGAGCAGUUGGAGGGGUUAUCGUCAUACGUACGUCGGAGAGUGAAUAGUUUACGGAGGUUAGGAAUAUAUACAUAACUAAAUUGAAAAAGUGGCUGUGCGUGAAACAGAAAGGUUCUCAUCGGUGUUCUUGUUGCUCGUUCAAACUUGAAAAGCCCCGCUAGUCCAAAGGGCGAAUGGCGAUUUGGAAUUGGAUUUCUCACAGUGACAAAAAAAGGAACCCGCGAAUUCCGGUGCCGCGUCGUCACGGCCGUUGCGGGCGACCGCGUGUGUGAAACGUGUGCGGGGUGAUAUGUCGUCGCAUUCGUGAGGAUUGGUGUUGCCCUGUGACGUAGCCCGUUGGCCCGGGCGUCUCGAAAAACGGGAUACAGUGUACGUGCGAGUCUGUAUGCAUGCGAUUCUUUUUUAAGCGUAUCCACCAGCAGCCUGGAAGAUGUAUCCGAGUGCCGGAAUAAAUGCAGCGGCCGUCGCCGCCGCUGCGGCCGCACGACAUCCGGGACCGCCUCAACCUGGACAACCCUUUAAGUUUACGGUUGGCGAAUCCUGCGAUCGCAUCAAGGAAGAGUUCAACUUCCUGCAGGCGCAAUAUCACAACCUUAAAUUGGAGUGCGAGAAACUGGCCAGUGAAAAAAUAGAGAUACAGAGGCAUUACGUGAUGUACUACGAGAUGUCGUACGGACUCAACGUGGAGAUGCACAAACAGACGGAAAUAGCAAAGCGCCUCAACGCCAUCAUCGCGCAGAUUCUGCCAUUUCUAUCCCAAGAACAUCAGCAGCAAGUAGCAACAGCCGUGGACAGAGCCAAGCAGGUCACCAUGACGGAGCUUAACGCCAUUAUAGGGCAACAGAGGCCGGACCUGCCCAGGCUACUUCAGCAGAUGCACGCGCAGCAGCUUCCCCCGGGUGCAGGAAUGGGACCCCAUCCAGGAUUGCCCGGAUUGCCCGGUCUCGGACCCGGUGCUGGUUUACCUGUGCCGACCUCAGCGUCGGCCCUCCUGGGUCUCGGCCUACCACCGGGUGCCGGUUCAACCCCUGGAGGUAGCGCAGCGCAUCCCCUAUCGAUGCUCGCCAAGCCUGAACUCCAUCGGGGUCAACCUGAUGACCUCAAACCCAACGGAGGGUUAAACCCUGCUGAGGAGAGGCAUAGAAACUCGAUAUCUCCGGCGGAACGUGAGAAAUACAGUAGGCCAAGGAGCACGCCGGACCCUCAGCAUCACGAGCACCUGCACCUGAAGAAGAUGAAGAAGGAGCAGGACAAGGACAUAGGCCAUCAAAGCGACGGUGAAAAGAGCGAUCAGGACCUGGUAGUAGACGACGCCAGUGAGGGCCCUACGAGUCCUGCAGCAAAUGGGACCUCGUCGCCACGGGAGAACGGACUGGAUAAAUUGGGCCCAGCGUCGGUACCCAUGAGUAACCAAGUGAAGAAGGAAGUCCCACCACCAUCCCCUAGAAGCGGCACGAGUAGCAAUGCCAGCACGCCUUCGGCGAAGAAGAUGGAGGAACGUGAGAAACCGACGACGCCAAUCUCGAAACCGGUAACACCGACGUCCGCCGGUGGCAGCAGUUCUGGUUCGGGUGGUUUAAAAGCUUCCAGCUCGAGCAAACCUUUGGUCUCGGCUUCGGCGGUUGGUCCUUACCCUCCGCAUUACCCACCGCCUCAUCAUCCACCGGCUGGUCCCCACGUGGACAUGCUAGGAUAUCCUCCUGGGGCACUGAACGGAUAUCCGGCAAGACCUCCUCUUCAGCAACUUUAUGACCCUCAUGGGGGUAUGAGAGCGCCACUUGGUCCUCUUGGUGUUCCUGGUGGGAAGCCGGCGUACAGCUUUCAUGUCUCUAGCGAAGGUCAAAUGCAGCCCGUACCAUUCCCCCCGGAUGCCCUGAUGGGUCACGGAAUACCCAGGCAUGCCAGGCAGAUCAACACCCUCACCCACGGAGAAGUUGUCUGUGCGGUGACCAUCUCGAAUCCGACCAAGUAUGUCUACACCGGUGGCAAAGGCUGCGUCAAGGUCUGGGACAUUGGUCAGGGCGGCAGCGGUAGUGCCAAGCCUGUGUCUCAGCUGGACUGCCUCCAAAGGGAUAAUUACAUCAGAUCAGUGAAGCUGCUGCCUGACGGAAGGACGCUUAUAGUUGGUGGCGAAGCGAGCAACCUGAGCAUCUGGGACUUGGCGAGUCCGACGCCGCGAAUCAAAGCGGAAUUGACCUCCUCCGCGCCAGCGUGCUAUGCCUUGGCCAUUUCCCCGGACUCGAAGGUCUGCUUCAGCUGCUGCAGCGACGGAAACAUCGCCGUGUGGGACCUGCAGAACCAGACGCUGGUGAGACAGUUCCAAGGACACACGGACGGCGCCUCCUGCAUCGACAUCUCUGCCGACGGCUCGAAACUCUGGACCGGCGGUCUGGACAACACGGUGCGUUCCUGGGACCUGCGGGAGGGUCGGCAGCUUCAGCAGCACGACUUCACCUCCCAGAUAUUCUCGCUGGGCUAUUGUCCGACUGGCGAGUGGCUGGCAGUCGGUAUGGAGAACUCGAACGUGGAGGUCCUCCACGCGACGAAGCCCGACAAGUACCAACUCCACCUCCACGAGUCCUGCGUCCUCUCGCUCCGCUUCGCAGCCUGCGGCAAGUGGUUCGUUUCCACGGGCAAGGACAACCUGCUGAACGCCUGGCGAACACCUUACGGAGCCUCGAUAUUCCAGUCGAAGGAGUCCUCAUCGGUGCUGAGCUGCGACAUCUCGACCGACGACAAAUAUAUUGUGACCGGAUCGGGCGACAAGAAGGCUACGGUCUACGAAGUGAUAUUCUGAGCUCCCGACGAUGUCUCUCGAGCGACUUGUUAAUAUAUACUUAAAAUGUACGCUUGUUAAGAUAUUUAUGGAAUUAAUAUAUCUAGCAAUUAUCACGUAUGUUUAAUAAUCAGGAUGACAGUACACUCGUCUAGAGAUGCACGAUUGACAUACGGUUAGCCAAUUCGCAGAAUGAUUGUAGAUAACGUCAUCAUCACUGCGAUUUUAUAACAAGUACCAGGAUAAAUUGGUCUAGCAAGUCAUGUGGGAUCCGCUUGGAUCUGAAAAUGUGCUCUGGCUGGCGUUGCGUCUACUGAUUGGACAAAAUAAUCCAAAGAGGCAUUUGUAUUUCCCGGCAAUUGUGUGUCACGUGACUUCACGGUGCUGCCCUCGCGCGUUACAGCGUGUAACUAAUGAAACUCGAAUUGCGAACUGACUGAAAGACGAAGAACAGAAAUUUUAUGAUCUGACGCUAUAUAAAUAUUUGAGAACGUAAAUAGCUGUUUAAGAUUGUAUAGAACUUACUACAGUUAUAAGUAGGAAUCGCUGAGAAAUAUGAACAAAUUCGAGAACGUGAUAACACGUUGCCUCAUCGAGCGAACGCGAAGAUAAGAAUUUACAAAUCAUUCAUCAUGAGACAAAGAAAUGAAUAGAGACACGUGAUAAAAUAAAUAAGGUUGCACAGUUUAAAAUGGGUACUACCGUGUAAUAUAAAACAUCUACGUGUGCUUAAAAAGAAGAAUUAACAAAAGCGUAAACUCAUUAUUCUUUCUGACGAAAUAUUUCACUUCUUGUUUUAUGGACUAUCGAAGUGAACGGAACACAAACGAAAAUGCAAAAAGGAAUAAGUUAAGUUAAAUGAAGAAGCAAAUGUCGAAAAUGAACAUCUGAUGAGGUAUUUGAGUUUAAGGAAGUUUAAGAUGCGUCUGAGAAUAAUGCAAGUAAAAUCGAGAGCAUGUGGAUUCGUGUGCACGCGUAGUAUGUACGAUGAAGAAGUCAUGUAGAUGUGUUUACAAAAUGACAAAGGAUUGGCAUGGAUUGGCAAAACAAUUCAUAGUACGUGUCAAGUGUGCGUCUGCAGAAGCCUCUGAAAGUAGGCACAUCCCGUUGCGAAGUUAUACAUAAAAACAGUAUAAUUGAAUGUAGAGAAUGAAUUUGUUCUUGCGAGACUGCGUUAUUUCUUACAAGAUAAUUAUGUAAAAACCAAGCGGGUUUUGUGCGUUUGUGACGUACCAUCUUGAUCGACUAUUACACGGAUUAUAUUAUCCAUGGUAAACACUCUCACGAAGUGUAUGACUUGUAACGUGUGAGAGUACAGUCUUUACAUAUUUUAUUGUCACGGCCGCUGUGCAUAAAUGCACGUUAUACGCUUACCUAGCGCGAUGAUACUCGCGGUAUCCGUGCGAUUAUAGUUUUGACUGUGACUGUAAACUUGCACGUUCAAUCAUGAACGGAUAGUUUGCGUUAAUGGAUAUUUACUGCUAGGCUGUAUUGGUCUACUGUGUUAUUAUCAGAAGAUAACGACGAUAAGAAUGAAAAUGAGAGUGAGAGAUGGAUGUGGAAAUAAUGAUAGAGAAUGAAUGAGAGUGAGAUUGAGUGUGGGUGUGAGAGUCAGAGUGAGAAAGAGAGUAGAAAUAGAAGAGAAAAAAGCUGCGAAUUUCACUGAGAGCCAAAAGUAUUAAAAUAUAACAGCUUCGAGAUAUAGAGCCAAACAUGAAAUACAGAUACGUACAGGAAUAUUAUAUUUUGUUACAGGAAGACACGAAAUGAUUUCGCUGUGGUUGUGACAAAUAAUCGUAUGUGAAAAAAAAAGAAUUGUAUAUUGUAUUAUUAUAUGAAAUCAGUAUGCGCAACAUGCUCUGAGGACUUGGGAAUAUUUUGUCUGGUAUCGCAAUGGAUUGAUUUUCUAAUAAGUCUGAGGUACAGCUCAAGCUGUGUUCAGAAUCAUUAUGAUAUUGUUAAAAUUAGAAAUGUUUUAUGCAAAAAUUGUCAUGAAUUUGGUACGACCACAGCUUUGAUCAGCAAUAGACCAAUAGAAACAACGAUACCUCAAGAAGACUCAAUAGUUAAUUAUCGUUAAUGAAUUGAUUGUACAAAGCUUGUAUUCUUUUACAAAUAACGCAGGAAAUUCUUUUGCUCUCGGUAUCCACGUAAUUGUCCAUCCCAUAUCCUUCAUCAUGUCAUUAUACUAUCAAAUUCAAUGAGAUAAUAUAGACAAGGAAAUUUCUUUCCUAGAA